AUGGGCUCCCAAGGCGGUGGUUCAACGCAUGAUCUCAUCGUCGAAUCUUGGAUUGAAUAUAGUAUAGGAAUAGUACUUUUCCUCGUGCGAUUAUACGCUCGGUACAAACGACUGAAAUUCCACUACCAGAUCGAGGACUACUUGAUGGUGAUAGCAGUAUUAUGGUACACUGCCUUCGUUGUCACAAAUAUCAAAAUCGCCCAAGUGGGGGGAAGUUCACUUUACGAACCGGGGCAGUAUGAGAGUUUCUCUGCCGAUGAAAUUAAGCAGCGUGUUCUUGGAUCGAAGAUCGAGUUUGCCUCUGAAAACUGCAAUCUAUGCGCCGUCUACUGUUUAAAGGCAUGCAUGUUACUAGUAUACUUCCGGAUGACAACAAAUCUGAAGCAGCAUCUAGCAGUUCAAUGUUGUGCCGUCUACACCUCGAUCGGCUGGCUCGCCUCAGUACUGACCUUGUUCCUCAACUGCCACCCUUUAACCGCCUAUUGGGUCCUGCCUCCACCGCAGCGUGAAUGUGCAACAUACUUCAGAUACGAGGUUGUUCAAUGCGUUUUCAAUAUCAGCUCAGAUCUGGCCAUUCUAGCCGUAAUUCUACCCCUACUAUUUCGAACUCGAAUGCCGUGGCGGAACAAACUUCCCUUGCUUGUUGUUUUCUCGAUGGGAAUCCUCGUGAUUAUCUGCGCCAUAAUCUCCAAAUACUUCACCUUUCACAAUAUAUACGACUCAAGCUACCAAUUCUGGUACCUGCGAGAAUCCUCGAUCGGCUUAUGGGUAACGAACGCACCUUACGUCUGGUCUUUAAUCCGAUCCACAUUUUCAAUUCUCAGGGGGACGAGUGCGACAAGAGCGACCCCCACGUCGAAUUUCCGAUCCACAAAACCCGGCACAAAUACCCAGUCUUCUCAUAUGGCGACCCGAGCAUCAAGGUAUAAUACGGAGGGGAUGGGAGGAAGCCAGGAUAAUAUAUUUGAGAUGGCUGGACAGAGUGGUUCACCUCAUUCUGGGGAUGAGUCGUCAGGUUUACAACGCUGGACGAGUGAGAUUGAAGAGUCGCAUCCACGCACACAUGACCCAAAAAUUUGGAAAACGACAGAGAUUGUUGUUCAUCAGACUUAG